AGUAACGGAUAAUCACUUUGGCUGCGCGUUGGGUGCAAGUGUUGUUUUCACCCAGGUGGGCCGUCAGGCAGGUUGCUUCAACUCCUCCAGCGGAACCCAAGUCAACAGGUGCAACAGCAUUCCACUGGACAAAAGAUCGUUCCAUCUUGAGACAAGAUGGUCUACCACUCUACAAUCCAAACGGUUCUCUUGGUGAUUGGGGGCUGUCUCGUCUUAGCCUCGGCACAACCAAGCUCCGUGAACUUCACUGUGAGCCAUGACGCCGACACGGACUUCUUUACCGUCAGAGAAGGCCAGGUGCUUCCUUUAAACAUCACCAUCACAGGCGGUGUGGAUUUAGGCAUCAUCAGCGUAGUCGGCACUGAUGACAGCAUUUACGAGAUAGUCAACGCCACGGAGCUCAACAUCACCGGCAGCGGGGAUCUACCUGUGAUGAUGACCGUGCAUGUGAGGGGGAAGGCCUUGGGGAUAUCGGAGCUGGAGCUCCGGGUGAAGAGGGAUGGUAUGGCCAAGGAGAUGGUGGGUGAGUACACUAUCAAGGUCAUCCGGGUGCCCACCAUCCUCGAUUUUUUGUUCACCUACCUGCUGCUGGUCUGGCUCUGCUUGUCUUACGUCACCACGGGGGCCAAGAUGCAGCCUAAGGUCAUCUGGAGCAAGAUGAAGCCUCCAUGGGGGAUCCUGAUCGGUAUGCUGGGCCAGUUCAUCCUGAUGCCACUCUGGGCUUUCGCCCUGACCAAGAUCUUCUCUCUGGAUAAUGAGACGGCACUGGGUCUAAUAUUCGUCGGUACCUGUCCAGGAGGCUGGCUCAGCAACAUCUUCAGUCUCCUGCUGGACUGUGACUUUGUCUUGAGUCUCACCAUGACCUUCUGUUCCACCGUCAUGGCCAUGGGGAUGAUGCCCCUUAAUCUCUUCAUCUAUGCCACGCCCCUCGUGGCUGAUAACUCCGAGCUCAAGACGCCAUUUGUGGAGCUCGCUAUCCAGCUGGCAGUCUUGGUAAUCCCCAUUGGGGUCGGUAUGGGGCUGUGCUACAAGUUCGAGAAGUUCAAGAAGAUCUGUGAGAAGCUCCUCAAGCCGCUGGCUGGCAUCCUGAUCCUGCUGGCUCUGGGUCUGGGCAUCCCCUCUCAGCUCUACAUCUUCACGUCUCCUUGGCAGGUGUGGGUUGUCUCGGCUCUCCUUCCGAUUGGAGGGGUCCUUUUAGGCGGGAUCAUCGCCAAGAUCAUCUGUCUUCCCAAGAAGUCUGUCAUCACUGUUGCCUUGGAGACAGGAGCGCAGAAUGCCCUCCUGGCCAAGACCAUGUUGGAUCUGUUCUACCCGCGCCCGGAGUCCGACCUGGUGGGCCGCGUCCCACUGAUGACCAGCCUCAUCAGCUUGGUCGAGGGUAUAGUCGUUACCUUGGCCUACGUCUUAAUCCGCUAUGUCUGCUGUCGCAAGGAUGAAGACCAGCAAGACUUAGUGGAGAAGGAUGCGAACGAGAGCGACAAGGCUGAGGAGGUCGAGAAAGGAGGCAAGCAGGAGGACCAGAAGACGGAAGAGGAGUCGCAGACCAACUUUACGGACGACAGUCCGACGGACCAAGCUCAUGUUAACCCCGUCUUCGAUGACACUGAAGAAAAUGAGCAGACAUGGGCGUAAAUCCCAGGAGGGGUGGGGAGGAUAUAUUCACCAAUUUUUGACGGGGAGAUUGGUCAUUGUAUCCCCCCCCCCAGCAUUUUCAGGAUUUUGCGGGGUAUAUGGUCAUCUCCAACUCGCCAAGCAUUUACGCCACUGUGAUCUAGCUCCUUGUAGAGAGAUGAUUAUUACAACUUGGUAGAUGACUAAACACGACACAGUGAGGUCCUUACACAUCCUCACGUCAUCACAAAUCCGCAAAAGUUAUCCCACUUUCAAAUCAAGUGUCAAGUUAUUAAAUAUUUAUAACUGAUAUAAGGUUCAUCCUCAAUGUUACGUGUGGCGUUACUUGUGAUUUGACUUGAAUUUUCAGUUUGCUUUUUCACGGACUUGAGAAACAGAAUAACUUUUAAUCAAUUCUCAAAGAUAGUGCCUGUGAAGAUAACUUGUUGCUAUGCUUCAGUACAUUUUCAGUAAAAUCAAAUUUCUCCGAUGUCACUAAAUACGCGUAUACGUUCUUCCAAACGUCACAUUAAGAAUCAUUUGCAUAAGCUGAAAGCUUUUAUAAAUAAUUGAUUAUGUAGAGCCUACACUCGGCGACUACUUGAUUUUUAGACUGAAGAAUGUGAAAUGUAAUAAUGACAACUGUAAAAGGUAGUAAUAUGCAGUAUUAUAAGUUGUAUAUAGUUCAUUAACAAAACAGUAGUCGAGCACAAAUAGUGAUUCGAGUAUUAUAAUAAUGAAAAAAUAAACUUGAAGAAACUCAAAAGGCAAUACAGUCGAACACCUUUAUAACAAGGUCCUUAGGACUUCACAAUUUACCUUGUUA